GUUUUCUGCGUCUGGGCGAGUUUGAGAGGAAGAGAAAGCAGCAAUGGCGUCGAGUUUGGUGAAAUCCCUAAUGAAAUCGACGGUGUUGGGAUCGACGGGGACCAGAAACUUCUGCCUGGUUAGGAGUCAAAUCAGCAACCACACGGCCAAAUGGAUGCAGGAUACAAGCAAGAAGUCCCCGAUGGAGUUGAUCAACGAAGUUCCACCCAUCAAGGUUGAGGGCAGGAUUAUUGCAUGUGAAGGGGACACCAAUAUCGCACUUGGACACCCGAUUGAAUUCAUAUGCCUUGACCUUCCUGAGCCGGCUGUCUGCAAGUAUUGCGGUCUUCGUUACGUGCAGGAUCACCACCAUUAGAAGUGAUGGCAGUGAUAGUUCAAGUUCCCUCGGCAAGUUCCUUGGCAGUCCUUCAUUGAAACCAUUUCAUAAACAAGUUCAGUUUGUAAUGAUAAUACCUUUGUGCUUCGUAAUCAGUGAAAUAAGGAUUUGAUUGCUCCUCGUGUUCUUCAGACGUGAAUGGAUAAAUUGUAUUUCACUUUUAAUGUUUGUUAUCUUAUCAGUCUAUGAUGA